GGACAUAGGACAGUCUCACGCUUUGUAGCCUUGAAUCCUUCCUCCUUCGUCUAGCGGCUGUUAUGAUUUCGAAGUAUACUUCGUUGGUUCUGUUAUUAACAACUGUCGGUGCAUUUCCUCAGCUCAAUGAAGAGAGAGCGCCGUUUCCAGAGGCUGCAAAGCGAAGCUUGCUAGACUUCGGGCUGAUGAUCCUUUGUGGAACUAAGCGCAAUCCGCUAGACUAUAACACUUAUGGCUGCUACUGUGGCUUUAACGGACACGGUACUCCUGUGGACGAUGUUGACCGAUGCUGCCAAGAGCAUGACGAAUGCUAUAAUGACAUCAUCAAACGAAGGGUGUGUCCGUUUGAGGCGGCAACUUACGUUAUACCUUACAGCUCUCACAGCUGCACAGAAUGCAAACCUCCCUCCUACUAUUGGUUCUAUGGAAAAUGUCGUCAUGCGUUGUGCCAAUGUGAUGCGAUCGCUGUCAAGUGUUUCAAGCGCUCUAAAUACAAUCCGAAAUAUGCCGGGUACCCGAAUUCCCGAUGUUAGAAAUUCAUUGCCGAGAUUAUUUUUCAGUGUUAUCUAAAAUAUGAAUAAAGCCUGGAUUAUGACAAAAGCCGUACGUCGGUCUAAAUGAAAAAUAAACAUCAAGUUAAAACUCA